UCGAGACGUCCACCCUAUGGAUCCUUUGAGUUUAUCUUAUCUCAGAGCCGAGUUUACUAUGCUUCUCUGCUGGAUGUCAUCAUCGGACUUCCAAAUACGAGUACCCGAUGGUACGAGUUUUCUUCUCGCCAGCAUUGACUAGCUUUUCGCAGCCAAGCAUAGCUUAUCAUUGCUUCUGAACAGCACUUACUCUGCUCCGCAUAGACAGCGACAUUCCGUGACUUCCCGGUACGUAUAUACAGGGUCGUGAGGUUGCGUACGGUGGAGCCACUAUGCUUUACUACUACUCCUUCAUCGCGCUGCUCGUCGCGUUCGUUGUGCACCACGUCCUGCGGCGUAGAAACGCACCCCCACUUCCUCCUGGGCCGCCCGGGCUCCCGAUUAUCGGCAACUGGUUCGAGAUCCCGGAGAAGGACGAGUGGGUGUGGUACCUCGCGCUGUCGCAGAGAUACAACUCGGACAUCAUCUCGCUCCGUCUACUGAACGAGACGGUGAUCGUGCUCAACUCGAUGAGAUCGGCGCAGGAUCUGCUCGAGACGCGGUCUGCGAUCUACUCGGAUCGGCCUGCGUUCAGGAUGCUCAAUGACCUUGUGGGAUUUACCUGGCACCUGGCAUUCAUGCCGUACAACCACACCUGGAAGGCGUACCGGAAGAUGUUCACGCAGGAAUUCCUGCCCUCGCAGAUCGCGGUGCACCGCCCCAUCGAGCUCCACGCCGCGCACGUGCUCCUGCAAGGCCUCCUCGAGUCCCCGGACGCGUACGAGCGGCAUCUGAGGCACAUGGCCGCGAUGGUGAUCCUGACCACCGCAUACGGCAUCGACGUCAAGCCGCAGGACGACCCGCACGUCGACAUCUCCACCGAGGCGCUGCACGUCAUGGCCUUGACCGGGAACAGGGGCUCGUACCUCGUCGACUUUUUACCGAUUCUCCAGCAUAUCCCCGGGUGGCUACCCGGCGCGCGGUUCCUGCGGGAUGCACGCGAAUGGAGCCGCUGCGUGACGAGCAUGCCGCGAGUCCCGUUCGAGGCUGCGAAGAAGCGCUGGGCGGCCGGGGAUCUGCAACCGUGCAUUGCGUCUCGGGUUCUGGACGAGAUCCAGGAGCUUCCUGAAGACCAACGGCAGAGGGAAGAGGGCGUGCUCAGGGACGUCCUCUCCGCAGGGUAUGCCGCCGGGGCAGACACGACUGUGUCGACACUAGCCUCAUUUAUCCUCGCAAUGGCGCUGUAUCCCGAGGUACAGACCAAGGCCCAGGCGGCGGUGGAUCGCGUGGUGGGGCGACACAGGCUGCCCACCUUCGACGAUCAGGUGACGUAUGUCGAUGCGCUGCUCCGGGAGGCUCUGCGGUGGCAUCCCGUCACGCCACUCGCUAUCGUGCACGCCACGACGGCCGCAGACACCUACAACGGGUACCACAUCCCCGCCGGCGCUUCUGUCAUCGGAAACAGUUGGGCCAUCCUGCGUGAAGAAGCCGUCUACGGCGCCCACACCGAGCAGUUCAUCCCCGAGCGUUGGCUGAAUCCCGACGGCUCGCUGAACCCCGCGAUCCCCGAGCCCACCCCGGCGUUCGGGUUCGGCCGGCGGGUGUGCCCGGGGAAGGACAUGGCGCAGUGGUCCGUGUGGAUCUGCAUGAUCUCAAUCCUCGCGACGUUCGAUAUCCGCAAACCGGUCGACGAGCAGGGGAGGGAGAUCCAGCCGUCGGAGGAAUACACCUCCGGCCUUGUCUCGUAUCCGGUACUCCAGAAGUUCCGGUUCAUCCCGCGGUCUGCGGAUGUGCGAUCUCUGGUUCAGUAUGAGAUUGGGGUAAGUGGCUAGAGGAUGGAUCAUGGACAAGUCGAACAGAAUGUGUUCGUAUUGCAAAUAGGUGAUCAAUCACAAUGUAUCAAAGCUCGAGCCCGCUCAUCCCUUGCCCGAACGACACAAUCAAACGGGAAAGGACGGCUGAGAGCAGCUCAACGUGAGAUGUGAUUGCAGGAUGUCGACGGGAAACCCACCUCACAACCUGAGUUGUCCCACCGAGCGUCAGCAUGACAGGCCUGCCGUCGUCAUCCAGGACUGGGGAGAUUGUGAGGGUCGAUAGAACGGCAGCGCACGUCAGGAAGAGCAUGGAGUCUGCCAGCUGCUGGCCUGGUGCGACCUGAGCACUACGCAUAACCAAACUCCGACGGCGACGAACCUGGGCAUAUGCUGACGGUAUGCGGAGCCUAUACCGUAAUCUAAAGGCUUUUUGUCGUGGAUCUACCCAGAAUUUCAGAUGCCUUCGGGGCCGGUUCUACCCGUCCACUGGGUAGAACCAGAAAAUUUCAUAUCGGUUUCAGUGAGGAUUGAACUACUGACCUUGUAAAAAUGAUUCAAAUUCAGUGCAUGAACAGACUGAGCUAAACAGC